AUGCCGGAGCCCACCAAGCCCCUCUCCCCCCGCCCAAGCCGCGACCUCUGCCUCGGCUCCGCCCUCCUCGCCGUCGUCAUCUCCACCCUCGUCCACCUCCUCUCCCCGCCACCUCAGCCAGCCCCCUCCCCGCGCUUCUCCGUCAUCAUAGACGCCGGCAGCACCGGUACCCGGGCCCACGUAUUCUCCUUGGGGCCCGAUGGCCGGCCGGAUCUGGCGUGCUCCGCCGUGAUGCGCGUCUCCCCGGGGCUCUCCUCUUUCGCCGCGGACACGGCGCGCGCGGCGGAGUCGCUGCGGCCUCUGAAUGAAUUUGCCAAGGAGAAGGUAGGUGGCGAGGGGGCCGUCGCGGCAACAGAAGUGUGGCUGAUGGCAACCGUCGGCCUGCGGCUACUCGAGGAGAGCGUCCGGGAGGCGAUAUUGGUGUCCUGCAGGAACGCUCUCAGGGCCUCCGGGUUCCGGUUCGAGGACUCAUGGGCCAAGGUGAUCCCAGGUUCUGAUGAAGGCGUCUAUGCUUGGGUUGCGGCAAACUAUGCUCUGGGCACACUUGGAAUGUUGAAUGAUGAAGAUUUCUCACGGUAUUGCUUCUCGUCAGCAUACAUUGUAGCUCUGCUGCACGACAGCCUUGGUGUACCAUUGGAUGACAAGAGGAUUCUAGGGGCAUCAGGGGCUGCCGCAGCACCGACACAUAAGCAUAGACCACUCCUCGUUGUGCUGGGAGCGUUUCUUACCUGUGGAGUAUUUUUGGUGUUGAGAUGGAGGAAGCCCAAGACAAGGAUUAUAUAUGAUUUAGAGAAAGGUCGAUACAUUAUAACACGCAUCAGCUGACGCUGUGUGUUGUGUAGGU